UUUUUUUUUUUUUUUUUUUUUUUCUUUUUUUUUUUUUGUUCGUCGCGUUCUUUUUUUCUCAUAAAUAUACUUUAAAAUGGAAGUCAAUGCAACCAUAAAUGAGAGCGAAGUUAUGGAAACACCCAUUGUAAAGCAAUACAGACCUCAAAAGACGAUCCGUAUCCAUGUUAACACCAACGACCAACCUCGACCUGUAAUCUUCAAUUAUCGUCAGUUAUACAAACAAGAACUCAAAAAGACAGAAGAGAUCCCAGGUCAACCUGCUCAACCCGUCCAACCUGUCCAACCCGUCGAAACUGCAGACGACUUGUUCUUUAAAGAACUGUUGGAAAAAGCAAAGACUUAUGCCAUGGAUGAAGAUGAUGUCGACGACGAUGGUUCUGACGAAGAAUCCGCUACUGUUGGGAAGAAGCAAGUAGCAAAUGACUAUGAUUUUGAAGAUCCUUUUAUCGAUGACAGUGAAAUGUUGCUGGACCAACCUCAUGAAUACCACCAACCUGAGUUUGAUGGAUUCUUUGUCUAUCAUGGACCAUUAGAUGGUCACGGAGGAUCAGAAAAGAAUAAGCCGGCUGCAACAAAACGCAGAGCACCUACCAAAGCAAAGGCAGCUGCUCCUGCUCCUGCUACAAAAAAAGCAAUAGGAGAUAAAGCACGUAAAAAAACAGCGGACGAUCAUCCAACUGAAGAAGUGAAAAAGACAGUUGGACUGGCAGCGUUAGCAGCAGGCAUUGGCAAAGGCAAGAAAGUGUUAUCACCGGCCAAGACGGCGAUACCAGCAGCAGCAACGGCGGCGACACCAUCAUCAGCAGCAACAACAGUAGCUACAUUAAAAUCAACAACACCAUCAUCUACAUCUGCAGCAGUCCAAUCAACACCAACACUAGUAGUGGCACCCAGUGCAGCGGAAAAGAACGUCAAGAUAAUACCCAAUAAAGCAACAGCGAAUGUCAAUCUGAACCGAAAAGUGACGUCAGCUGCAGAUCAACCCGCUAAAAAGAGAAAGAAGAUGGAGAAAGAAGUAGAGGAAAAGCCAUUAAUUAAUCCUUCUUUAUUAAUGCAAGAAGAUCUGGAUAAAAAGAAAAAAGUGACCCAUACACCCGAAUUAAAGCCACUUGAUCCUGAAAUUGAGAUAUUAAUGGAUAAAAUACGAAGAGAUGCUGUGCAUGAGGAUUUCCAAAACAAGGCCAAAUUUCCCUUGUCACUUAAACCUACGGUAUUGGAAGCUGGACUAGUCAUGUUUCGUAAAUACAAGACGAUUGAAGAAAACCUUGUUUUCCAUCUCAUGACCGUCUUACCUUACAACCGAUUUACACUCAAGAAAUUCUUGACUACGAAAUCAGGACAGAUGCGCAUAGAUGAGUUACAGCAAGAGAUUGACGAAUUAGCCAUCCUAUUAAAGCAAACGAUCGAUAAAAUGAUGCCUGAGCAACAGCGAUCAUUUGAAGAAAAACUGGCCCAAAUUCAAACUGAACCAGCGAAUACGGAAGAUGAUUCAGCUCCAACACCUAAAUUCAAAUGUAAUGAUGAGGUCAGAAAGAUCCUUUAUGAUAUUAUCCAGUCAGAAGAACAAUCGAUUCAUAUUGCUAAACUAGUAGCUGCCCACAAGGAUCCCGAAAACAAGAUUGAUGGUGUAGCCUCUGACGGUAAAGCAAGAAAGCUCAUGUAUCAGCGAUUACUGUCGUGCUGGCCAGAGGGUUGGAUGAACUCUUAUGAGAUGAGUCGACAGUAUAGUCAAUAUAAAUCCAAAUUAGCAGGUUUGUCCGAAAAGAAAGCCCCAAUGCAAGCAGUCGACGCUAGGAAAAGAAGGAAAAUUACACCUCAACCCUCCCCUUUAGAGGAAGGAAUACGUAAAAAACAAUCGAUUGCAGAAUCAGGAAUUGCACCACCUGAUGCCUCUAGUUUUAUUCAAAAAAUGAAUGCUGGUCAAACUUCAGUUAUUACUAUCGACGAUGAUGACGAUGAGCCACCAUCCUCUUCUUGGAAUCAGGCAAAUUCUAUGAAAAUUGAAGCGCUGAUCAGUAAAAGACACGAUCAACAUUGAAUAUGUCCGUAAUCGAACUAAUAAUAAUAAACAUAAUUCAAAGCAGCAUAAAUGCGCCAUGCGUGACUGUUUUUACUGUAGUCCAUCAAA